AUGGAGCAAUUAAACGAACUCGCACGGAAACAACAGCAGAUUGGUCAACAAAUGUGUAAAAUGUUAGCCAAUAUGAAGAAAGACUCAGCCUCCAGGAAAACCAGCGAAUAUAUUGUGAAACAUGACCGACAGCUGGAAGCUUAUCAGGAAGGUAUCGAAAAAAAUCAUAACGAAAUUAUCGAAUUACAGAUACAAAAUCAUGAGUAUCACAGUACAAAGUACAGAGAUCAGCUGCAAAAGGUCUACGACAACACGAAAAAUUAUCUACAACAGUUACAGAAGCAGCAGAAGAAGGAAGAGGAUAUUGAAAAAAUGGAUAACGAACAGGAGCUCCGAAUAAAAAAACAGGAGGUUCGUCUAAAACAAUUUAGAGGGAUAUUGUUUCAAAUGGAAGAGGAAAUAAUGGAGCAGAACUUAAGACGCUGCGAAACAUUGUACACCAAAGCAGAGAAGAAGUGGGAAGUAAUAUCAGAGCUUGAAGUGGACAUUCAAGCAAACGAGGUGAGCUUCUCUCAUGAGUAUUUUAGAAAGGAUCCAGUCACGAAAAUGGAAUUCGAAUACGAUAACAUACAAGAAAAAUUAAAAAUGCUCACCAAAAAGGCAAGUAUAAAGGCGACAAACAACAUCGAGCUGCCCAAAAUAAAAAUACCAACGUUCCGAAGUGGAUAUGACAAUUGGGCUCCCUUCCACGAUUUGUUCGAGAAAUUAAUACAUUCCAACGAGAAGUUAUCGAACGCGGAGAAGAUGCACUAUCUGAAGGGGCAUGUGGACGGAGAAGCAGCAAGACUUAUACAGCAUCUAAUGAUCUCGGAACAAAAUUACGUAACAGCAUGGAAGAUCCUUCAAAACAGGUAUAAUAACAAAAGAUUAAUGGUAAAUACGUUAUUAGAUAGAAUCCUGGAAUUCUCGAAAAUGGAAACAGCGAAGGCAUCUCGAUUGAAAUGGCUUCACGAUACCAUACAUGAGUGUCUGGAGACAAUAUCAAAUCUGGGAAUGGAUACAUCGUCAUGGGGUCCAAUGGUAAUUAGAAUCACCACAAAGAAAUGGGACUCAGAAACCAACAGGCUAUUUGAGCAGUCACUAAAACAACCAAAUGAAAUCCCAGCAUUAGGAGAAGUGAUGCAGUUCAUGCAGACGAGGUUCCAGUCCUUGGAGGCAUCGGGGUCAAUGCAGAGCAAGGAUGCGAGUCCUAGGUACACCUGGGGAAACACGUCCACCAUAUCAUGCCAUUACUGCCAACAGGAGCAUCGACUUGAACAAUGCCUUAAGUUCAAGGGGCUAUCAAUCAACGACAGAAACAAGGAAGUAAGAGAAAGAAAAAUAUGUUUUAGGUGUUUAAAACACAACAGCGAGGAAAAAUGCUACUCAGCGUACAGGUGUGCAGAAUGCGGUUAUCCACAUCACACUUUACUUCACCAACCGUACAAACCAAUAGCAGAGCGGGCAACACAAGCAAGCACAAGAACAUCACACACUACAGUAUCUAAAAGGAAUUGUCAAACCCAAAAGGAAAACCAGGAAGUACUACUAGCAACAGCGAUAGUACAAGCACAAGACCUCACUGGCGUACAGCAAUUAUUAAGAGUACUAGUGGACCCUGGAUCACAAGCCUCGUUCAUCACAGAAAAGGCAGCACAGCAGUUGAAGCUACCACGACAAAAAGCGAAUGCAAGGGUAUCAGGAAUAGGUGGUUAUGAUCACACUAACGCAAAAACCAAGAUAACGGUUCAAUUACAUCCAAGACAACCAAGUGAGUAUGAGUUAACAACAGAACUAAUCAUUCUCACAAAGAUAACCGAAAAUCUACCACUGGCGUCGUUUGAGAUGAACAAAGAUCCAUGGAAGAAUGUGCUGUUAGCUGAUCCCACGCUGAAUAACUCCGGACCAAUUGACAUACUACUGGGUGCCGAGGAAUACGCAAAGAUCAUACUACCGGGAGUCAUGAAAGAAGGAAAAUUAGUGGGUCAACAAACCGAAUUUGGGUGGGUGAUAUCCGGGCAAACAAAGCACGGUGUCAACCAAGGCUAUCAAAUACUGGGCAUGGUAUCAACAAUGGAAGAAGAGACACAACUAUCCAAAUACUGGGAAAUAGAAGAAGCGACCAUGGCUAAUGGGUUCAAUGAAGAAGACAAGAAGUGCGAAGACCACUAUAAGGCAAACACUACACGCAGCCCCGAUGGAAGAUACACAGUCAAGAUUCCAUUCAAGAAGAAUUCGAUCAAAUGGGGGCGAUCCAGACCACUAGCAAUAGCCAGGUUGUUGCAACUGGAGAAAAAACUAGCAGCAAACGACAAGAUGCGUGAAGAAUACAACGCGUUUCUACAAGAAUACCUGGAUUUGGGUCACAUGGAAAUGGUACAGGCACACUCAAUCGAGGGCACACGCUAUUACAUACCACACCAACCAGUGAUAAAGGAAUCCAGUACUACAACGAAGAUGAGAGUGGUGUUUGAUGCAUCAGCCAAAACGACGACCAGCGGAAGUUUAAAUGAGAUGAUGUAUGUGGGACCGAGGUUGCAGCCAGACAUAGCCGAUAUAUUACUAAGAUGGAGAAAACAUCAAUAUGCGUUCACAGCAGAUAUUAAAAAGAUGUACCGCCAAAUAAGGAUACAUCAAGACGAUCGCCAGUUCCAGACUAUAGUAUGGAGAUUCGAACGUAAUCAGCCGAUACGCGAAUACCAGCUCAACACAGUAACAUAUGGAACAGCGGCAGCUCCAUACUUAGCCAUAAAGACACUACAACAGUUAGCAGAAGACGAAAAAGAAGAGUAUCCAUACGCAGCACGAGUCACGCUACAAGACUUCUAUGUGGACGACAUUUUAUCUGGUGCUAACAGCAUACCUCAAGUAGUACAAUUGCAAAAAGAAUUAACCAAUAUGCUAAAAAAAGGAGGGUUCCAGCUACAUAAAUGGGCAGCCAAUAAAGAAGAGACAUUAACCACUAUUCCCAUGGAAGCUAGAGAUCCUGCUGUAGCCGAGUUCAACAAUGACGACCAGAUCAAAUCGUUGGGAAUAAGAUGGAUACCAAACCAAGACAUCUUUACGUUCAAAUUGUUGGCAGCAAUAAGAAACAUUUUUGGGGUGUUUAUAGAAAACUGCCAGAAAUCCAUUAUGCCUGGACCCGAUCUAACAAUUGAUGAACAACUGGUGGCCGUUGCCCUUUUAGGCAGUAUAUACCAUCAAAGCCAGCGAAAUACGGCCUAA